UUGGCAGGCGCAUUUUAAUGUUCUGACUUUUUUUUAUUUUUUCAAACCCAAAUUUAAUCAGUUGAUUCUCGAAAAAAAGUGGAAGCGGGACGAUGGAGCGACUGCGAAGCAGCCACAGCCGCGAAGUGCGGAUAGGGAACUACAAGGUGAUCCGGAAGAUCGGCUGCGGGUCUUUCGGCGACAUUUACCUGGGCAUCUACAUCCACAGCGGGGAGCGGGUGGCCAUCAAGGUGGAGAGCUCCAAGGUGCGGCAUCCGCAGUUGAAUUACGAAAGGCGAUUGUACAGAGCACUGAGGCCCGCGCCUGGAUUGCCGAGGAUCAGGUACUUCCACAAGGAGCAGCACUACCAGGCGAUGGUGAUGGACCUGCUGGGCCCUUCGCUCGAGAGGCUCUUCCAGUUCUGCGAACGGGCCUUCACCAUCAAGACGGUUCUCCUGCUGGCGGAGCAGAUGUUGCGCCGCGUGGAGUACGUUCAUGGGAGGGGAUUCCUCCACCGGGACAUCAAGCCGGACAACUUCCUCAUGGGCCUGGGCACCAUGUCCAAGCAGGUGUACCUCAUUGACUUCGGCCUGGCCAAGAAGUUCAUGGACAUAACGACCAAUGUGCACAUCCCGUAUCGCGAGGAGCGUCCUUUGACGGGAACCGCUCGUUAUGCCUCCAUUUGCGUUCAUGCCGGAGUGGAGUCCUCUCGCAGGGACGACAUGGUGGCCGUGGGCUAUGUCCUCAUGUACUUCAACAGGGGCUCACUGCCGUGGCAGGAUCUGAAGGCCUCUACGAAGCAGCAGAAGUACGAGCGCAUCCACGAGAAGAAGAUCUCGGUGAGCAUCGAGGUCCUGUGCGAAGGAUUCCCCUGCGAGUUCACCAUGUACUUGAACUACUGCCGCGGAAUGGGCUUCUACGAGAAGCCCAAGUACGACACCAUCUGCAGGAUGUUCAGGAUGCUGCGGAACGGCUUGAACCUUCGGCCGGGACUCAUUUACGACUGGGACAUGCUGAUGAUGAAGUUCCACAACACCCAGAUAAAUCCCGGAAUCGGAAAGAGUUUUCCCCCGAAGGCGGAGGAGGACGAGGGACGCAGCGGGGAGCCGAUCCUCAAGGACGAAAAGUGCAACUACUGGCCAUGAAAAUCAAGUCCUUGAAUAGGUUGUCUAGCUUCAGAUAAAAUAUGUAAAUUCUUAGUUAAUCCAAAUUAUUGAUUUCUCCAUUUCAACUGAGAAGUAACAUAGGCUAAAUAAACAUAUAGUAUUGUCUAAUUUUUUAAAGCAAA